CGCAUGCGCACUGAACGACCGCCAAAUUUAAGCGGUUUUUGAUUUUCUGUCAAUAUUUUGAUGGAAUAGACAAUAUUCUUGUUGUGAUUAGGCUAUUUUAAAUAAGCACUAUGUAUAUCAAAUCCAUAAUAAUCGAUGGAUUUAAAUCCUAUGCCCAAAGGACUGAGGUAAAUGGUUUUGAUCCCAUGUUCAAUGCCAUCACAGGUUUGAAUGGAAGUGGAAAAUCAAAUAUUUUGGACUCCAUUUGUUUUCUUCUUGGGAUCUCAAAUCUCAGCCAGGUAAGAGCAAGCAAUCUUCAAGAACUCGUCUACAAGAGUGGGCAAGCUGGCGUCACCAAAGCAACUGUCAGCAUUACCUUUGAUAACAUGGAUAAGAAGCAGAGUCCUCUUGGAUAUGAACAAUAUGAAGAAAUCACAGUCACGAGACAGGUUGUAAUAGGAGGAAGGAACAAAUAUCUGAUCAAUGGAAGUAACGCAAACAACAAUCGUGUCCAGGAUCUUUUCCGGUCUGUCCAACUGAACAUCAACAACCCUCACUUUCUCAUCAUGCAGGGACGCAUCACUAAAGUACUCAAUAUGAAGCCUCCAGAGAUUUUGUCCAUGAUAGAGGAGGCCGCUGGAACUCGACUAUAUGAAAGCAAAAAGGAAGCUGCCCAAAAAACUAUAGAGAAGAAAGAUACAAAACUGAGAGAAAUUGAUACUAUCUUGAAAGAAGAGAUUUCCCCCACAUUGACAAAACUGCAGGCUGAGAGGUCGUCAUAUCUAGAAUACCAGAAAGUAAUCAGGGAGUUAGAGCAUCUUAAUAAACUCUACAUUGCAUACCAGUUUGUAUGUGCUGAGGAGACCUGCAAGAGGUCUGCAGAUGAUCUGAAGAAGAUGCAGGAGACUGUUGACAAACUGAAUGGCACCAUGCAGCAAGUAAAGGACAAACUCAACCAACUUGAUAAAGAUAUAGCUGAGCUAGAGAAGAAAAGAGAUCAGGAGGCUGGGGGUGUUAUGGAACAGAUAGAAGCAGAUCUAAAUGAGAAGAAAAAAGCUCACACAAAAUCUCAGAGUGCUGUGGACCUUAAAAAAGAGAACCUUAAAACUGAGCAGAAGAAACAUAAAUCUUUGACUAAACAGUGUCAAGAUGACAAAGCUGCCAUGAAGACAAAAGAGAAAGAAGUUGAUAAAAUAGUGAGUGGCUAUGAGAAGCUUCAAGAGACUAGUGAGGCAGAUAAGAAGGCACAUGAGGCUGCACAGAAACAUUUCCAUGCUGUCAGUGCUGGUCUCUCUAGUAAUGCAGAUGGAGAGGAUGCCUCACUUAAUGACCAGCUCCUAGCUGCCAGGAAUGAGAUCAGCAACUGCUCCACUGAGACCAAACAGGCCACAAUGAGGUUGAAACAUCAUCAACAGGAGAUCAAGAAGAAACAAGCAGAUUUAAAGAAAACUGAUCAGGCUUACAAGAAAGAUAAAGCAACAUUAGAUGCUGUCAAAAAGAAUUCACAGAAACUGGAGGCAGAGAUGAGUAAGCUUGGAUACGAAGAUGGGAAAGAGGAAAAUUUGACAUCAACAAGACGAGGUCUACUUCAUGAUGUACAGGAGCUUCAAGAGAAAAUUGAUGGCAUUGAAGCAAGGUUUCCCCAGCUUCAGUUUGAAUACAGAGAUCCAGAGAAGAACUUUGAUCGCAGUAAGGUGUAUGGACUGGUGGCUAACCUCAUCAAAGUGAAGGACCCUAAGUACGCCACUGCCCUGGAGGUAGCAGCCGGAGGCAAGCUCUACAAUGUUGUGGUUGAUUCUGAAGUGACUGGUAAGAAACUGUUACAAAAUGGUGGACUGAAGAGACGAUAUACAUUCAUACCACUCAACAAGAUUUCAUCCAGACCAAUACCAGACAAUGUAGCCAGAAAGGCAGAAUCCUUGGUUGGCAAAAAUGAUGUACACACAGCCCUGAGCUUGGUGGAGUAUAAACCUGAGCUAAGAUCUGCCAUGGAGUAUGUCUUUGGGAAUGCCCUGAUCUGCAAAGAUAUGAACUCUGCCAAGAAGGUUGCAUAUGACAAGGAUGUCAUGAAGAAAUGUGUCACUCUUGAAGGAGACUCAUUUGAUCCUGCUGGAACUCUUACUGGAGGUGCACGUCCCAAGACUGGAUCCAUCCUGGCCAAAUUGGGAGAUGUAAAAGAAGCUAGAGAAUCUCUGAAUGAGAAGAAACAAGCUUUCCAGAAGGUUGAAAAAGAACUUGAUGGACUCAAGAAGGUUGCCGAAAGGUUCCGUGAAGUGAAACAGCAGUUUGACUUGAAGGCCCAUGAGGUUGAAUUGUUAGAAGAGAGAUUGAGACAAGGAACUCAUCACCAACAGAUGGAGGAAGUGAAUGAGAUGCAGAAAACCAUUGAUGAGGAUCAGAAGACGGUUGCUGAAGCGGAAGGUCGUCAGAAGAGAGCCAAUGAUAAGGCUAAAGAGCUGGAGGAGAAGGUCAACAAUGCCAAGGCAGUCAGGGAGAGGGAGUUGAAGACUGCAGAAGAUGCUGUCACUAAAGCUAAGAAAAAGAUGCAAGAAUCCAACAAGAAAAGUAAAGAAAAACAACAGGAGGCUGACAGUAUACGUCUGGAGGUGGAGGAAAUGAAGAAAGAGGUGGCUGGUUAUGAGGAACAGUUGCUUGCAGUGGAAGAAGCUAUCAAAGGUCUUGAAGAGCAGCUGGUCCAAGUGAAGGAGGCUGCUGCUGAGUCACAGGCCGAAGUUAAGGAAGCUGAGAGAAUUUUGAAGCAGAAGAAGGAUGAAUUGAAUGCCAGGAAUAAAGAGAUAGCGGAACGUGUCAACCAGAAACAUGUUCUAGGGCAAGAGGCUCAGGAAGCUGAACUUGAGAAACAAGAACUGGAACACAAAAUCACCAAAUCCAAUAAAGACGCCAAAGAUGCUGCAAACCAGGUUGACCACCUAAUUCAAAAAUAUGAUUGGAUCGCUGAUGAGAAAAAAUAUUUUGGACAGACUAAUACAGCCUAUGACUUUAAUGCAACAGAUCCUAAAGAAGCUGGGAAAAGGAUACAAAAACUACAAGAUACAAAAGAUAAAUUAUCGAAAAGUGUAAAUAUGCGGGCCAUGAACAUGUUAGGAAAAGCAGAGGAACAGUAUAAUGAUUUAAUGAAGAAAAGAAAAAUAGUGCUGAAUGAUAAAAAGAAGAUAGAAUCUGUGAUAGCUGAACUUGACGAAAAGAAAAAUGAAGCUCUGAAGCAAGCAUAUGAGCAGGUCAACAAAGACUUUGGUUCUAUUUUCUCUACACUGCUUCCUGGGACGAGUGCUAAACUGGCUCCACAAGAUGGUGCAUCGGUUCUGGAUGGACUUGAGGUGAAAGUCGCAUUUGGGGAUGUCUGGAAGGAUUCUCUUAGUGAACUCAGUGGAGGACAGAGGUCACUAGUGGCUCUGUCUCUUAUCCUUGCUAUGUUGUUGUUCAAACCUGCCCCAUUGUACAUUCUGGAUGAGGUAGAUGCAGCUUUGGAUCUCUCCCACACACAAAAUAUUGGACAGAUGUUGCGCACACAUUUCAAACACUCACAGUUCAUCGUUGUCUCCCUGAAGGAUGGUAUGUUCAACAAUGCAAAUGUUUUAUUCAAGACAAAGUUUGUUGAUGGUGUAUCUACAGUGUCACGAUACACACAGAACAUAUCCAGCAAGGGUGCAGCCACCAGUGAAGUUAGCAAAGAAAAUAAAGGAAAAAAUAAAAAUAAAAAUGGUACCGCGGCGAAAAAGUCUCGUCUAGAGGCUAUCCCAUUUGCUAGUACCUCAGGACAGUAAGACUUGUGAUUGACAGUGCUUAAAACACUAAAUAGUCUGAUGUGUUCAUGUAAACUUGUUAUAGCGAACAGUGUUGGAAUAGCAUAGCAUUAUUCCAUAUGAUUCAUGAAUUAUUUGCAUAUUGAAUCAGUUUUAGUGCACUGUGCGAUGCUUUCAGAGUUGGACAGAAGAAAGCAUGUUUGUGAAUUAUAUUUUGUUGAAAGUUGAAUCAUGAAUGGGUGAAUCUAAAUGUACAAUGGCUAAUUUAACACAUACAUACAUGCAUACACAUUUUCAAUCUAUAGUAGGUUCAGUAUAUUUUGGGACUAAAUAUAGUUUGAGAAUUUAAUACAAUUCAUAAUGGAAUACAUGCCAAAUCAGCAUCAUAUUAAUGGAUUAAAAACAUGCAUGGUAUAAUCACCCAUGUCUGGUUUUAUUAGCUCACAUGUUAAACUAUUACAGCACAACUCAUGAGGUUUUUGAAAAGGGUCAUUUUCAAUCUGAUAAAUAGUCUUCGAUGAAUGAAUUAUAAUUGAAUUUGUGACUACAUUGAUCGACCAUGGGUGACAAAAAUGGCCUAGUGUGCCGCUUUAGCUCCUCGGGGUAUGGUUUAAUCAAUUAGAUAGAUUUGAUCUUUUGUAAGUUAUGAUAAGUAACGUAGUUAACCUAUCUAUUUUACAUACAAAAUACAGUAUGUAGAUAAUAUUGGAAUACAUCUUGUAUUUGUAAUAUUGAUUAUAUAUUUGUA